UGCCGCCCUUGCUGUUUGAGUCGUUUAUGAGAAUGAAAUGAGUGAUUCUCAGUAAAGGCUCUUUUGCUCAAGCGCUACACAGAGGACAGCACUCUUUGCACGGGCAGGGUCUGUGUGCUGGCCUCAUCCUCAGCAGCCUUCCUAAAGGGCUGCACCACAUGUAGGAUGAGCACUGUGCUGGAAUCUGCCCUCAAGCCCACCUCCCUCUCUCCACAGGGCCCCGUGAAGGCGUCCAUCCAGGAGCGUGUGCUCCCUGACAGCCCUCUGUACCACAACAAGGUCCAAUUCCCCACCACCGGGGGUCUUGGCCUAAACCUGGCCCUCAAUCCGUUUGAAUAUUACAUGUUCUUCUUUGCUUUGAGCCUCAUCACUCAAAAGCCACUCCCCGGGGCCCUCCACGUCCGUACUUCAGACUGUGCCUAUUUCAUCCUGGUGGACAGAUACCUGUCGUGGUUCUUGCCCACAGAAGGCAACGUGCUCCCUCCACUCUCCUCCAGUCCAGGGGGGCCUAGUCCCUCACCAGCUCCCAGGACACCAGCCAUGCCUUUUGCUUCCUAUGGCCUCCACCACACCAGCCUCCUGAAGAGACACAUCUCUCAUCAGACUUCUGUGAAUGCAGACCCUGCCUCCCACGAGAUCUGGAGGUCAGAAACUCUGCUGCAGGUUUUUGUUGAAAUGUGGCUUCAUCAUUAUUCCUUGGAGAUGUACCAAAAAAUGCAGUCCCCUCAGGCCAAGGAGUCGUUCACGCCCACCGAGGAGCACGUGCUGGUGGUGCGCCUGCUGCUCAAGCAUCUGCACGCCUUUUCUAACAGCCUGAAGCCAGAGCAAGCCUCUCCCUCCGCCCACUCUCAUGCCACCAGCCCCCUGGAGGAAUUCAAACGAGCCGCCAUCCCGAGGUUUGUCCAGCAGAAGCUCUACCUCUUCCUGCAACACUGCUUCGGCCACUGGCCCUUGGACGCAUCAUUCAGAGCUGUCCUGGAGAUGUGGCUAAGCUACCUGCAGCCCUGGAGGUAUGCACCUGAGAAGCAGACUCAGAGCAGCGACGGCCAGGCCCGCUGCGUGGCGGAGAGAUGGGCACCCUUUGUGCAGGAGAACCUGCUGAUGUACACCAAGCUGUUCGUGGGCUUCCUGAGCCGUGCCCUGCGCACUGACCUGGUCAGCCCCAAGAACGCGCUCAUGGUGUUCCGAGUGGCCAAAGUCUUCGCUCAGCCCAACCUGGCUGAGAUGAUCCAGAAAGGUGAGCAGCUGUUCCUGGAGCCCGAACUUGUCAUCCCCCACCGUCAGCACCGGCUCUUCACAGCUCCCACGUUCACUGGCAGCUUCUUGUCAUCGUGGCCACCGGCCGUCACCGACACCUCCUUCAAGGUGAAGAGCCACGUCUACAGCCUGGAGGGCCAGGACUGCAAGUACACCCCAAUGUUUGGCCCGGAGGUGCGGACACUGGUCUUGCGCCUGGCUCAGCUCAUCACACAAGCCAAGCAGACCGCCAAGUCCAUCUCUGACCAGUGUGGGGAGAGCACAGCUGGCCGCCCCUUUCUGUCAUGGCUGGGCUUCUACCCCUCGGACACAAACAGCUUCUACCCAGCCAACGACCUGGACGAGAUGGGGCAGGACAGCGUCCGCAAGACAGAUGAGUACCUGGAGAAGGCCCUGGAGUACCUGUGCCAGAUGUUCCGACUCAAUGAGGCCCAGCUCACCCAGCUCACACUCGCCUUGGGGACAACUCAGGAUGAGAAUGGAAAGAAGCAGCUCCCAGACUGCAUUGUGGGUGAGGACGGACUCAUCCUCACACCCCUGGGCCGGUACCAGAUCAUCAAUGGGCUGCGAAAGUUUGAGAUCGAGUACCAGGGGGACUCGGAGCUGCAGCCAAUCCGGAGCUAUGAGAUCGCCGGCCUGGUCCGCCUGCUUUUCCGGCUGUCCUCCACCAUCAACCACAGGUUUGCAGACCAGAUGGCAGCCCUGUGUUCCCGGGCUGACUUCCUCGGCAGCUUGUGUCGCUACCACCUCAUGGAGCCCGGGCUGACCAACAGGCACUUGCUGAGCCCUGUGGGGCAGGGACGUUCAGCUGGCUGUGCCCGGGGCCCCAGGCUCAGCCUGCGCUUCCUGGGCAGCUACCGGACACUACUGUCACUGUUGCUGGCCUUCUUUGUGGCCUCUCUCUUCAGCAUUGGGCCCCUGCCCUGUGCCCUGCUCCUUGUGCUAGGCUAUUUCCUAUAUGCCAUGGCCAUGACACUGCUGACCGAGCGUGGCAAACUGCACCAGCUCUGACCGGGAGCCAGACACUGUCCCCACGCAAGCUGGCAGGAUGGCCACACGGCCUCUCUCGUACACCUGGGAGGCUCCCUCCAAGCCUGUGCCUGGUCACCUUCACACUCUUAGGGGGUGUUUUCCUGCAGCCUCACAGCCAUCUGGAAGAGAACCUGAAACACGAAGGGCGCGCAGUCCAGGCUUGGCCAGGAAGGAACAUCAAAGGGCCCAUGAGCCGCGAGGACAGGGACAGCCCAGGGCCCGGCCGCUUCCCUCCUUCCCGUAGUCGGAGGCCCUGCAGUGAGGUGGCUCUCGAGGCCUUUCUCUUCUUUAACUGUUACGGGAUUUAGCCACGUGAAGAGGAUUUAGUGCUUUUCCAGGAGGGCUCUUGGCCUCUGCCUUCGCUGUCCUUGAGGGGGGCAGUGUGGCAUGCGUCUCCUCUCCCCAGGUGACACCAGGACAGCAGCUCAGCCUCUGGCUCCAGAGAAGAAUCAAAGACCCUAAGAGAUUCCUGAUAAAAUUAGAUGAUGGUUCUCUAAUUCCUAAUUUUAAAACUAAAUUUUGCCACUGCACUUGGCAAAGCAAGGGUCAUUCUCCUUCGUGUUCUCCCAAGCGAUUCCAAGUCGGGGCCAUACAAUUCUGCUUUUGAGGAGAAAAGAUCCUCUAGGAGCACAGGUGCUCGGUGAGACAGUGCUUCGCCUCUGGCUCCCUUCCGGCCCCCAAGCCAGGGAGCACGUCACUCAUUGGCAGCCUGUGUCACCACCUUGUCUGACAGGAUGGGCUCUCUGGGCAGAAGGGAUACGGCAGGACCAUCCAGCACGCUUCUGGUCUACAACCAAAGAUGCUCAAAAGCAUUGUUUGUAUCUGCAAUAAAAUCAAGUGCUCAAAGACAAUAACUUUUUGAUAGCACUUAAAUAUUUAAACUACACAAUUACACGUUCACUGUCAAAGUCCCCAUGGGGUCUCACACACCACAGUACAGAUGACUCACUGGAGAGAACAAUGAUUUGAACGAUCACUGUUUCAACAGCGAUUUAAACUAAGCCAUUGUUUUUAGUGUGUUGUGUUUAUGUGUUUUUAAUUCUCAAACUAUAAAAGUUGGGCUUUGUA